AAAAGGGUGUGAGGCUGGAGCCCGCCAGCCAGGCCUCUCGCUCCUAAGCGCGCGCCCUCAGCGAGGACCCGCGCGAGCUGCCCGUGACGCUGCCUGUGCUGUUUGAAACUGCAGAACCCGUUACGAGCUUGAGGCAACUACCGUUCCAGCUGGUUCCGGAGCCCGUGCGGGCCAAGGGGCGAGUGGCGGUCUCGAGGCGGCUCUGGCCUUUCGCGUCUCCACCGCGUGGAGACUAGAACCGGCACUUUCGCAGGACACCACUUCCAAUCGCAGCGCUGGCGCGGGCGGAGGCUAAAACACGGGGGUCCUGAGACUGAGGAAAACGCGCCAAGUUCCCGUCGGUGGUGGAGUGAAGAAGACCCUAGCGGUUAGGACGCCGGGCGAGCGGAGCUGCUUCUGGCGCUCCUUGCCGUCCCGGGGCGGGGGCGGGCGCGGGCGGGCGCCGCUCCGGGGAUGUAGUUGGUGCGGGCGCCCGGCAGGACCGAGCGGCAGCCCGGGUUCCCGCUCUUCAGAGCGAAUGGUCACUCCCCCGCGGGGAGGGCGAUCCGACCAGCUUUUCCUUGGGUCGGGGGGCCCCCGCGGGCUCGGGGCAGGGGCUCACCUGUGGCACCCACGCUCGGCCUGGUUGGACUUGUCGGCGUCACCGCCGCGGACCUCGCUUUGGGCGAUGACCAGUAUUUAGAAUGCCACGUGUCUUAAACCUUUGUCGGGAAUGUUCUCCUUAUGUUACGUUUUUCGUGGAAAGUUGCAAUUAAGUCGUACUACCUUGUGAAGGAGGCCGCUUAAGACGAAUAGGACUUAGUGUUCACACUGUCACUUGAUAUGAUUGGUGAUUACAAGGUUCCUAUAUAAAUUAAUUCUUGUCCACUCCUUGGGAUUUGAAGAGAAAAUGCCUGGUGUCAUACCUAGUGAAAGUAAUGGGCUUUCAAGAGGUAGUCCAUCCAAAAAAAACAGACUUUCCUUGAAGUUUUUUCAGAAAAAGGAAACCAAGAGAGCCUUGGAUUUCACAGAUUCUCAAGAAAAUGAAGAAAAAACUUCUGAAUACAGAGGAUCUGAAGUCGAUCAAGUUGUUCCUGCAGCACAGUCCUCACCUAUAAACUGUGAGAAGAGAGAAAACUUGUUACCAUUUGUGGGACUGAAUAAUCUCGGCAAUACUUGUUAUCUUAAUAGUAUCCUUCAGGUAUUAUAUUUCUGUCCUGGUUUUAAAUCUGGAGUGAAGCACUUAUUUAAUAUUAUUUCAAGGAAGAAGGAAGCCCUGAAAGAUGAAGCCAAUCAAAAAGAAAAGGGAAAUGGAAAUUGCAAAGAAGAUUCUUUAGCAAGUUAUGAACUAAUAUGCAGCUUACAGUCCUUGAUCAUUUCAGUUGAACAGCUUCAGGCUAGUUUUCUCUUAAAUCCAGAGAAAUAUACUGAUGAACUUGCUACUCAGCCAAGGCGACUGCUUAACACACUCAGGGAACUCAACCCUAUGUAUGAAGGAUAUCUACAGCAUGAUGCACAGGAAGUGUUACAGUGUAUUUUGGGAAAUAUUCAAGAAACAUGCCAACUCUUAAAAAAAGAAGAAGUAAAAAAUGUGACAGAGUUAUCUAAGGUAGAAGAAAAACAUCAGAAAGAGGAAAUGAGUGGUAAUGACAGCAUGGAGAUGGACAACAUGAAGCAUUCUGAAGACUAUAAAGAAAAACUCCCAAAAGGAAAUGGGAAAAGAAAAAGUGACACUGAAUUUGGUAACAUGAAGAAAAAAGUUAAAGUCUGUAAGGAACAUCAGUCUUUGGAAGAAAACCAGAGACAAACCAGAUCCAAAAGAAAAGCUACAGGUGAUACAUUAGAGAUUCCUCCUAAAAUAAACCCCAGAUACAUUUCUGAAAAUGAGAGUGGAAGACCCUCACAAAAGAAAUCAAGAGUUAAAAUAAAUUGGUUAAAGUCUUCAGCUAAGCAACCCAGCAUUCUUUCUAAAUUCUGUAGUCUGGGGAAGAUAACAACAAACCAAGGAUCCAAAGGACAAUCUAAAGAAAAUGAGUAUGAUGUUGAAGAGGACUUGGGAAAGUGUGAAAAUGAUAACACAACUAAUGGUUGUGGACUUGAAUCUCCAGGGAAUAAUGUUAUGCCCAUUAAUGUUAAUGAAGUUAAGCCCAUAAACAAAGGUGCAGAGCAAAUUGGUUUUGAGUUAGUCGAGAAAUUAUUUCAAGGUCAACUGGUAUUAAGGACUCGUUGCUUAGAGUGUGAAAGUUUAACAGAGAGAAGAGAAGAUUUUCAAGACAUCAGUGUACCAGUGCAAGAAGAUGAACUUUCCAAAGUAGAGGAAAGUUCUGAAAUUUCUCCAGAGCCAAAAACAGAAAUGAAGACCCUGAGAUGGGCAAUUUCACAGUUUGCUUCAGUGGAGAGGAUUGUAGGAGAAGAUAAAUAUUUCUGUGAAAAUUGCCAUCAUUACACUGAAGCUGAACGAAGUCUUUUGUUUGACAAAAUGCCUGAAGUUAUAACUAUUCAUUUGAAGUGCUUUGCUGCUAGUGGCUUGGAGUUUGAUUGUUAUGGUGGUGGACUUUCCAAGAUCAACACUCCUUUACUGACACCUCUUAAAUUGUCACUGGAAGAAUGGAGCACAAAGCCAACCAACGACAGCUAUGGAUUAUUUGCAGUUGUAAUGCAUAGUGGCAUUACAAUUAGUAGCGGGCAUUAUACUGCUUCUGUUAAAGUCACUGACCUUAACAGUUUAGAACUAGAUAAGGAAAACUUUGUGAUUGACCAAAUGUGUGAAGUAGGUAAGCCAGAACCACUCAAUGAGGAGGAAGCGAGGGGUGUGGUUGAAAAUUAUGAUGAUGAAGAAGUGUCCAUUAGAGUCAGUGGAAGUACCCAGCCAAGUAAAGUUUUGAACAAAAAAAAUGUAGAAGCUAUUGGACUUCUUGGAGGACAAAAGAGCAAAGCAGAUUAUGAGUUAUACAACAAAGCAUCUAAUCCUGAUAAAGUUGCCAGUACAGCACUUGCUGAAAAUAGAAAUUCUGAGACUAAUAAUACUAAUGGGACCCAUGAAUCUGAUAGAAACAAGGAAUCCAGUGACCAAAUAGGCAUUAAUAUUAGUGGAUUUGAGAACAAAAUUUCGUACAUAGUGCAAAGCUUAAAGGAGUAUGAGGGGAAGUGGUUGCUUUUUGAUGAUUCUGAAGUGAAAGUUACUGAAGAGAAGGACUUCUUGAAUUCUCUUUCCCCUUCUACAUCUCCUACAUCUACUCCUUACUUGCUAUUUUAUAAGAAGUUAUAGUGAGUGUAUUUUCCUUGUGUAUAUAUUAAACAGACCUGGACAACAUCAGUAAAAGUCUUUAGCUAAUCUUCGGAAGCUAUUGGACAUUAUUGGUCUCUCUAGGUUUUUAUAUAAAUAGUGACAUUUGAAUUACUGAAAACCAUGUUAAUUUUUAGAAUUCAUCUUCCUUAGUAGAGACUAGUGAUGCAUUAGCUUCUGGGAACAAACUUGUAUAGGUUCUUAAUUAUUCAAAAUGGAAGCAUUUAAACACUUUUGAAUUUACACCUAUCUUUUUGUGUUUGAUUUUUAAAAUAAAGUGCUUGUAUUUGUAUCUCCAUAUUUUGGAGUAAUUAUCUACAUGAGGUUUAUAGGUCCUGUGGUUUUUUCCCAGCUAAGAAGCAGAAUCUCACUUUAGUUUUUUAUAAGUCAGGAAGCCAAAUCUUUGAUGGGCUAUAUUAGAGGCACAAAGUCUGGAAUAUGUACGUAUUCACAAUAGGGUACAUUUUGUGCCUUGAAUUACUUUGAAAAGUGUCUCAGAAAGCUUUGGUAGUCUGUCUUCACGAGAGUUUUAUAUGUAUUUAUGAAGAUGCUUCUGUACUCUAGUAAAUCUUUUCGGGCAUGUACUAAUUUGUACCUCUUCAUAGUCAUACUCUGCAUGAUCUGUAUAUAGUAUAUCAAAGGUAGACGCGUGACCUUAAAUUUAACAUUUUUUUAAAAACUGGGAGGUCAAUAAAAUUUAAACUGCUUAACAACUACGUAUACAAAUG